AUGAGGAUGGAUGGCGGGGAGGCCAGGCAAGCGGCGCCCAGGGCUGCCUACGCCUGGGACAGCCGCCCCGCGCCUCUCCCCGCCGCCCCCCGCAGCAAGUGGGUGCGGCUCAACGUCGGGGGCACCGUGUUCCUCACCACCAGGCAGACCUUGUGCCGCGAGCAGAAGUCGUUCCUCUGCCGCCUGUGCCAAGGGGAGGAGCUGCAGUCGGACCGGGAUGAGACAGGUGCCUACCUCAUCGAUCGGGACCCCACGUACUUUGGACCCAUUCUGAAUUUCCUCCGACACGGGAAGCUGGUCCUAGAUAAAGAUAUGGCCGAAGAAGGGGUUCUGGAAGAAGCUGAAUUCUACAACAUCGGCUCUCUAAUCAGACUAAUAAAGGACAGGCUGGAGGAAAAGGACUACACUGUAACACAGGUGCCUCCAAAGCAUGUAUACCGAGUGCUGCAGUGUCAGGAGGAAGAGCUCACCCAAAUGGUUUCCACUAUGUCUGAUGGGUGGCGCUUUGAACAGCUGGUGAAUAUUGGGUCGUCCUAUAAUUAUGGGAAUGAAGACCAGUCGGAGUUCCUGUGCGUGGUCUCUAAGGAACUGUGCAGCUCGCCCAAUGGCCUGGGAUGCGAGCCCAGUCGAAAAGCCAAGAGCGUGGAGGAGGAUCCAGAGCAAAAGGAAGAGGAACAGCAAGAGGAGGAGGAGGACGAGCAGAAACAGGAGGAGGAGGAGACAGAAGCUGAGGCUGAGGCAGACGCAGCGGAGGAGAAAGGUGCAGCAAACCCCUGAGGAAAGUCAUGAGCCAGACAAACACAAGCUGAAAGCCAUCUGCUCCCUUUGGGUGAGAGUUGGUGGCAGGGAGGCAUUCUGGGAGGGGGCUCUGGGCAGGGCUCU